AUGGCGCUUGUUCGUUCCUCAGUUGGACCGGUCUUCCGAGCCAUUCCCAGUGAGGAUGCGUUCUUCAUGGACCCUCAUGGCCUUGGUGUGGCUGAUGGAGUCGGCUGCAUGGUGCAAUUCGCAAACUACGGCAUCAACGCGGCAAAGUACGCCGCCCAGCUGAUGGAAGGUUCCGCCGCAGCUCUGAAGUCCGGCGGUGUUGCCAGCGAGGACCAGAUCCCAAAUGAUGUGUCCGGUCGUGCGGCCAGAGCACUGGAGUAUGCAGAAUCCCAAGCUGCUGCAUAUGGAGCCUCAACCGCUGUUGUCCUAUGCCAGCAAGGAAACUCCCUGGGAGUGGCCAACCUUGGUGACUCAGGAUUCAUGGUGCUGCGCAAGGGGCCCCUUGGGAUGUCAAUCGUCGUCAAGUCAGAGGAGCAGCAACACAGCUGGAAUUGCCCCUACCAGCUGACACGAUUGCCCAAGACUCUGCUGAAUCGAUACCCCCAGCUGCACUUUGACAAAGCAAGCGAUAGCGAGCAAUCCACCGUUCCAAUCCGUGAGGGAGAUCUGGUCAUCAUGUUCACCGAUGGAAUGCGUGACAAUCUUCAUGAUCGUGAGGUGGUGAGUUUGGUGAACCGCACAUUGCCCCCGAUGUGUGCUGACUUGGUGGGUCUGCUGGAUCGCUGCACGCCACCAGAGACAAUUGCCAAGACCUUGGCAUUGGCAGCACACGAACGUUCAUUGGACACCAACGCCAAAGUUCCAUUCGUGGAUUACUGCAAGCGCCACAACUUCGAGUGUAUGGGCGGGAAGCAAGACGACAUCACGGUGGUUGCAGCAUGGGUGGUGGCAGAUGAGUCCCAACCAAAUCCGGAUGAUCUUGACCUGGACGAGAUCGUUGAAAAGAUGCAGCUGGCAGAGGAAGCUGAGGAGGAGAGGCUCCGUCUCGAAGAGGAGGAGAAACUCCGCAAGGAAGAGGAGGAGAGACUCCGUCUCGAAGAGGAGGAGAAACUCCGCAAGGAAGAGGAGGAGAGACUCCGUCUCGAAGAGGAGGAGAAACUCCGCAAGGAAGAGGAGGAGAGACUCCGUAUCGAAGAGGAGGAGACACUCCGCAAGGAAGAGGAGGAGAUGCCACUGAUGGAUCUUCAAGAGGAGGCUGUUGGCCCGCUGCCGGCAUCGUGCCCUGGCGCCCAUUGUGAGAACAGUGCCGGGGCCAUCACCAUCGUGAACGACGAGACGCGUGGCUUGAGCAACUCUGAAUCCACUGUCAACGACUGCUCCGAUCAGGUCGUGCCCAACGAAAGGGUUCUCGAAUUCUCGGUCAGAGCAGAAACAUGCUUUGGGCAGUUCGUCGCAGUGGUUGGCUCCGCUCCAGAGCUUGGGAACUGGGACACGGCCAGAGCAGUUGCCUUGGCAACAGACGUCAGCCUGGCAGAAACCGGGCGGCCAGGGACAAGAGAUGACACAAGCAGAAAAUCAAGGAAUUUCAUGGGGUUUGACCCGGACAUGAGCCUGAUGCCAUGGCGCAUUGACUAA